ACACACACACACACACACACACACACACGCUGAACACUGCAUCAGGGACAACUUGGGUAGCCAGGGACCAAUCCAGUCGACCGUCUCUUCCACCUGAGCCACAGCCAUCCUUCUCAUAAGCCAUCCAGCAGUAGCACCAAAACCAUUUUCACACAUGAAAUAUAGACACUUCAGGGAUAAUAAGAUCUGGACAUUGUCCCACAUUCUCUGAAACUGCUAUUUCUAACAUGUACACACGAAAGAGGGCAAUCCACUUCAGACGUGUUCUCACUACUGGAGUAUUUCCACGCCCUGCCCUGGGCGAGAGGAGGUGUCUGGGUAGAACAUAUUUCGUUCACUGGUAUUGAACUGCUACCUGCAUUAUUCUCACCUUGGAACAAAUUGGUGCAUUCUAACAUCAUACAAGUCUUUGUUGUUAGAUAUCAGGUAAUGUCUAGUAAAAUCCAGGGAUGCAGUGAAUGCUUUAAAUGGUUAAAUUCAGCAAAGCAAUAAAUAUAGUCCCCAAAACUCUGAACUGUCCCUUGAAGUCUCGUUUGUGUUUUUGUUGCGGGGUGGUGGUGUUGUACAUGAACUCCUCAUUAAACGCGACCUCACCGUUAGUUGUAGCUGUUUGAAAGCAAAAGUCAUACAAACCAAGAUUUACUCUCACACAACUCUCUGUUAUUGCAAAUUGCGCUUGAAUGCCUGAGCUGACAUGUGAUGUAAUGAUACAGUGGGAGAUGUGUUGUCGUGCGGGUUUUAGUUCCCCGGUGGUCACACCAGUCCUGGGGAAAGUAAGCUCAUACAGGAAGUGAGCUGGCAGGGCCCCGGUCCUGCAGGAUUGCACAUCUACACGACUAUAUAUGUGUUAAUGUGUCUGCGCGUGUGAGUCAGCAAACACGUGUGUGCCGUGUUUUCUAAAUGCCACACGGUGAUGAGAGAAAGAUCCGAGGACAGAGUGUGAGGAGCUUGUGCGAGAGCUUUCCGGAAUGUGCUUGUUUUGUCUGUAGUACUUUAUUUACUUUCCUGAUUUCUUAAUUGACUGAUGUAGCUGCAGGAAAAGGCUGAUAAAUGAACAUAGUCAUCACAUCACCUCAGAGUUAUGCAGUAGUUAUGCUGUAAUUUGCAGUUGUGGGCAGAUAAAGGAGGUGACAACAGGAAAGAGCAGCCGGCACAGAGUGUAAUAGAGCAGAACAAAAGAGAGCGGGGGUCAUCACCCAGACAGCACUGAAUCUGAUGUGCUAAUUGCACACAUGGAAAGUGGACAAAAAGGAACACUUGGUACUCAGCUACAGUAAUCAAAUACUGUGAAAACAAUUAUUUAUUCUUUUAACCUUUUUUUAAGAUCUUUUGCUUAAUAUCUUUUGCAAGAAUGUCGUCCUCGUGUGUUUAACUGUAGCUUUCCACGUACCAGUGCACGUAGGACACGACCUGCCUUUCUCACCUUAUCGCCUGAAAUGUGCACACGAUCCGCUCGUGCACGUGUCGGGGUGGACGAGUACGUGAACAUGUGUGUCUGUGUGUGGCUCCAGCAGUCGGGGCGGGGGUUGGUGUGGUUGGUUGGCUCUGUGUGAGCUCUUUGUGAGAAGUGGGGAGUCGUGGGGGUGUACCGGGUGUUUCUCUCAGCUGCCUGCUGGUCUGGUUGCUGUUGGUAACUUUGCUUGAUUAGAUCAACGGAUCGGCUUUCAGGCCUCUCUCCCGCUCCCCCACCCCACCCCCAGCUCUCCUCUCGGAAAGGCUGAAGUGGAACUGAAACUGGAGUGGUGCUAAAAGUCCGCGCGGAGCUGCGAGUUGCGGCGGAGGAAAUCGUGACGGUGCUGCCUUGGAAACGCUUGUCGGAGUUCGAGCACAAGAGUGACAGCGGCUCUGUCUUUCUGAAGAAAUCUGUGGCAUGAAACCAGAUCACACAGGUCUCUCAUACACCUUCAUCUCCCUUUACCACUCUCCAGUUAGAAACACACUCCUCAGCUUCACUGCAUUGAUGAGGUAACGUCAGGCUCCGUGCAAGAACCCACCUGCAGCGGCGACUCCUUCCCCUCUUCCUUCCUCUUCCUUCUGUCAGUCAUUGCACCGCAGCCAUGGGCCAAAAGAUCUCUGGCAGCAUUAAAUCAGUAGAUGGUCGCGGGGAAAGCGGUGGCUCCCCAUCCUACCGACCCCUGACUCAUCGUCGGCAGCACCCUGAGCUAAGGGGCCCGGAUUUCUUCAAACCUCCCAGGCUGGAUCUCCUACUGGACAUGCCGUGCGCUGGACUGGAGACUCAACUCCGUCACGCGUGGAACGCCGAUGACCGGUCGCUUAACAUCUUCAUCAAAGAGGACGACAAGUUAACUUUUCAUCGCCACCCUGUCGCUCAGAGCACGGACUGCAUCCGGGGGCGGGUCGGAUACACGAGGGGACUCCAUGUAUGGAAGAUCAACUGGCCUGUCCGGCAGCGAGGCACCCACGCUGUGGUCGGAGUAGCAACCUCCGAAGCUCCUUUACAUUCUGUUGGCUACACAGCGUUAGUGGGGUCAGACUGCGAGUCCUGGGGCUGGGAUCUGGGACGUAAUAGGCUCUACCACGACAGUAAGAACAGGGCGCACAGCUCACUGCCCUCUUACCCUUGUUUCCUGGAGCCAGAGGAGUCGUUCACCCUUCCGGACUCUCUGCUAGUGAUACUGGACAUGGACGAAGGGACCUUAAGUUUUAUGGUGGAUGGACAGUAUCUAGGAGUGGCAUUUAGAGGACUGAAAGGAAAGAAACUGUAUCCCAUCGUCAGCGCCGUGUGGGGACAUUGUGAGAUAUCCAUGAAGUACAUCAACGGCCUGGAUCCUGAGCCUCUUCCUCUGAUGGACCUGUGUCGGCGUGCGGCCAGAGUGGCGUUAGGUCGGGACCGGCUUCAAGAGAUCGAGCGCCUUCCUCUGCCCCAGUCCUUAAAAAAUUACCUCCAGUACCAGUGACUGACAUCUGUAGAGCCAGCUGGGAAUACAAGGAAGUCCGAAGAUGGAUGAUCGAUGCAAGCAUGUCCACAGUGGGAGCGCCACAGCUCUUGCAGAUUUCUAAAAGGAUGGAUAUAAAGAUGGUGUCUGAACUGACGGGGGUCAAACAAAGAAUAGGACAGCACCAGCUUCUUUUGGAUUUUGAGCUGCUUUUUUUCAUUCGCGCAGAACUUGAAAUAAAUUCUUAAUGAUGGCGUCCCAUCAGUGUCUCACUCAUCCAGAAUAAAAGCCCAUCCUCAGAUGGCACAGCGUGGUUAAGCAGUCGAAAAGACUGUGGUAAGACGACCACCGCCACCUAGUGACGGGAAUAAAAACAGCACAGAGAAAGCACACUAAACCCAUCCACGGAGGCCUUUCUGACGUGCAGUCAGCGACCAUUAUCAUUGCUGUUGGAUCCCAUAGAGAGUGUUCGUGAUCUCCACUGGCGCAGGCUGCAGAGUCCAGAUGUCCAAAAGGAUUUUAGCACUAAUGUUUUUAUCAGAUUGACAUCGGGCCGCGACCAAAAGCUCACACUGCAUACAGAGCACAUCAAAGUGUGGCUAAUGGGCUCUAUGCACAGUUUGAAAGUUAGUAUGCCAAAAGAUAUGUCCUGGCUUCAGAGAGACAUUAGUUAAAAGAUAAGCCCUUUUCAGACAUGUAGCAUUUCUGGCCCUUUUAAAUGAAGACUUAGAAAGAUAUUCGUAACAACUAUACACGCACAUAAUGUUCGUCACGUUAUGAAGAAAAAGUGCUCUCUUGCAAUAAAAAUUAACUUAAGGCGGGGGGGGGGAGAGUCACUAGUUCUCACUCAGUUUUAAGAUGUUUUAACAUAUGACAGAUUUUAAUCUACUGUUGUUUUAUGAGAUUCCAGUAGAGCUAUAUGGAAACCGUUUUACAUACAGGAUGUUUCUGAUCCUGUAUGUGUGGAAAUCAAUGAAUUAGUCGACUGAUUUAACCAAACGGAUGUUUAGGCUGAGAUUUCUGCCGAUUUUUGUUUAUGGUGCAGAAUUUUCAAAAAGCUAUAAAAAAGUAAAGUGAUUCAUCCUUUGCUGUGUGCAAAGUCUCUGCAACCAAAGCUUGCUCUAAUGUGAUUGAUCAGUAGAACUCCAACAACAUGUGCACUACUAACUGAAACCGGAGUGCUCCCACUAAGCAAAAUCUUGUCCCUUGAUUUUGCAUAUUUCACAUACAGAAUCUGGUACUAUCAUAGUGAUCACCCUGAACAAAAGCUGAGAAAUUAAGGGCGAUUAUUAUUUAAUGUAUAAACAACUUUAAUAAGUUAGAUUGAGCUCAUUAACUGUACUUCACUGCCCUACAAACUACAGAUUGUUUGAAUAUGGAGCUCCCAAAACUUCUGGAGCAGUGAGGCUUUCAGUUGUAGCAGAUGUAGCUGACGAUCACCAACAAUAAUCAGCAGCCUGUCAUCAGAUUUUUAGUUUAGUGGAACUGCUCUGCGUGUCUGAAAGGGGCCAAUCAUGCUUGUUGUGUAAAGUAUUGGAAUUUUUUUUUUACUUUCUUUUUGAUUCUUUGUUUUGUUUUUUACGGCACUGCGAACCAUUCCUCACCAGACACUAGAUCAUGUAUUACGAUGUCAUCUCACAACCAAAGUAUAUCACAGGAAGCUGCAGAGUGCACGAAUGUAUCUGCGAGCUGCAGGUCGCGGGCCGGACACGCUGUUGGCACGAAGACGCCACCUGCCGCUGUUUGUAGCACCCUGCUGUAGCUCACCGCGGGCGGACGGUAUCCGUCGCGCUCGCCGCACAACUGUCUUAAUGACCACGAACGACAAACUGACAGGGGCGGAUCUAAGCCGACUCGAUCCGCGACUCGAGGCUGUAGCAGCGCGGGCGAUGUGCUGCUGGCUCAUAAUAGGAUGCAGAUGACCAAUGCACAACCACACACGUGCUCACUGAAGACCAAUCACGUUUUCUUUCCAAUUAAUGACUUAAGUCAGUUUUUUUGGUUUGAUUUUUUUUUUUUUUACUCUUGGGUUUAUAUCCUUCAUUAAUAUUAUUAUUAUUAAUAUUAUUAUUGUUAUUGUGAGUGUGGGGGUCUGACUGAUGACGGUAGGAAGACGAUGUUUAUUUAUAACAGGCUAGUUCUGUUUGUUUCAUUAAACUGAUCAUUGAUGGUUACAUUCAGGUAAAUUAAAUGCAAAGAUGCUGACGAUGAAGGGAGAGAAAUUAAAAAUUGUUUGUUCGAUGCUGCUUUUAUUAUUAUUAAUAUUAUUUUAUUAUUAUUAAUAUUAUUAUUAUUUGUGAUGGCGGUGGUCUUACCUCCUGUUUCUGUAGGUUAGGAUGGGGGAGGAAAGGACCUGUUCACGUACGUAGUCGAAUGUAUGGACAGACAGUGCAGUUGAGAUGUCAACAGACAUGAAAUGUGAAUAAAAGCCAAGUGAAUUUCAAACUAAAUCUCUGUGUUUCUCUUCUUUACUUCAUCUCGUAAACUGGGCCCGAAAACAGCAGACUGCAGGAGCGUUUACAGUGCUAAAGUCAGCCUAAACACAUCUUACAAGAAAAAAGGUGAAUAAAUAAGGUGCGAGUCCGUUGGGUCGACAGUUUCAGCAUCUUUAAUUGCAUCUCCGGGAGCAUUUUAUCUCCCAAGCAAGGCUUUGGUAGGCAAAAUUGGGCUGUUAAGUAUUUAGCUGUAAGUUCUUGUCAAGUGUGCAGUUUCCACUUGAGGACGUAAACGGCUAAUGCUGUACUCAUCAGCUCCUGCAGCUGUAAAUACAGCUCACGCUCAGCCGGAGAGAGAUACCGAUGCCCUAAAACGUCCGGAGCGCAAACGCAAACAUUACCGAGGCUCACUGUAGUUUUAGGCGUCAUAUUUCCGCUGCACAAUCUGAAAUCAGACUCCCACUGAAACAUCAUUAGGUCCAGGCUCACCAUAUCUCAGCACACAGGGGACUGUUUUGGAGAUCAAUAGCAGACAGACCAUGUAAUGAUGCUCCUGCGUCAUCAUCCUGCCAUAGAUGGAUCCAACACUUAGUUUAACAGGACAUUGUGUAUCCUUAAACACACACUCACAGACUCUUUAUGUCUAACAGAAGGCAGACCAUCAGCAGUUUUAUCUGCCUAAUGAGUCACAUGAGCAUAAAUCUUGCUCAAACUCCACAGCAGAACUGAUAAUCUUGUUUUUAAUAUGAGACAGUAAAUUCAAAAAGACAUCUGUGUGUAUCUUACAUUCAGAGACAAUGCUUUAAUUUAAAAAUAUAUACAUUUAAAUUGGUGGAUGGUUAACAUUGUUAUUCACUGCAUCCUUGCAGUUGUCAAUAAUUUUAAUAACUAAAGUAAAUCCCACAACCUUACUUAGACUGGCCUGGGGAGACUCACCUCUUUGAUGGAAGUAGAAAAUAUGUGAAAUGUUAUUACAACAACAGGCACUUCUCCAUGAUGGAUUAUAGACAACAAGCCUUCCUUCUACUUUUAGAUUUUUCACUUCAAUCUGCCCCCAAAGAAUAUCUUGCAUCUCUCAAAUAACACAAAAGUCAUUCGAGAUCAAUUCACACAACGAUUUCAAACUUGUGUAGCUUGGAAAAUGACCUCAUAUAAACAUCUCCAGUUCCACGUUUGUGCUCUCGCCAAGUGUCCGAGCAAAAAGUAAAGCAGCUUAGUGAAAUGUAUGGUGUGACAAAAAUCUGGAGAGCACAGCAGAGGCAGGCAUGAGUAUCAUGUCUUCGGUAGUAAAAUCCUUUUAGCUUAUACUAAAAUAAAAUAUCUGACCUUAGAGGAAUACAGUGCCUGCUGUAUCCAGUCUGUUCAAAACAUUUGACCCUCAUGCUCGCUAAAGCAGAGAAUUGGCAACAAAGCUGCUGUUAUUUUUCUAUUCUGGGACUUGGGCAGGAAGCAGAGGCGUGAAAAGGGUCCGCGACACAACGCGCCUUUCCUUUUUUCCUCCCCGAGUUAGAUAGUUUGGCCUCAGAGUGGCGAUAAAGACCAGGAGAGAAAAUGUUUAAAGUGGAGAGCUAUCUGAAUAAACGGCAGCGACAUCCUUCAAUAUUUUGCUUUCCUGUCAUCAGUUUUUAGAUAAAAAAAGGGACUCGCUGAACAAAUGUGCUGAGGGAAACAAACAUUAUGUGUUGCCAAUGUAGCUGAGCGAGCCAGAGCACUCAUCACAUAAAACUGUUAUGACUGUGACCAUCUGGGGCUGCAUGGGCUGUUUUGGCUGUGGCGCUACAGUGUUUUUCAGUGUUACCAGCCCUGAAAAAAAUCAACACAGAAAGACAAAGAGAAGAGGGAACUCCCACUUUGCCUUAAAGCAAGGAGAAUGUCACUUCGUAGCCGGAAGAAUAAUAAUUACGUGCAUUUGCACUGCAGCCUCUCAUCUACCCCAGCAGAUCAGCACACACGCAGCGGUCCAUUAGUGAAGUAAAAAACAAAACAAGGGGACAGGUUGAAACGCGAAGGAAAAGAACAGGGAUGAGAAACAGGACCCUUUGCCUGAUAACAGGGUUGAUGGUGUUGCUAUGGUGUGUGACACACAUACGAGGGACUGUGUGCAUGUGCGUGCAAGUCUGUAAGUGUGUCGGAAAAUUAGUAGGCAAAGCACAGAAACACACACAUACUAUAUGUCCGUAGUUUUUCCAGCCAACGCUGGAACAGUCCAACAGGAUGAAACUGUGUUAAUCCUGUUUAAAUAUCCUAACCCAUUCCAGAGGGUGUGUUUGAUGUGUGUCAGAGCAUGACAGUUUUUGUCCACUUGGUUUCAUCCCUCAGUGUUAAAGUUGCAUAUCUUGAUCAUGAGUGUUAGCAUAUCCUUGUCUUUGGAUAAAUAUGAGGAACAUCCAUACAUACAUCCAUCGGUUAUUCAAUUCCACUCUGGCCAGGUUGCCGGGGAACAACAACAUUAAAUUAAUUUACAGUGAAAAAUCCAAUCAAGAGAUCUACAGACUAUAAAAAACAACAACACAUAUUUGCAGUAAAAGAGCUGAACAAAGUCAAUAGCUAUUAAUUGCAUUCUGGCCCCUCUGAGGUCCAUUACAGUGUUAUUGAACAUUCGGUGCUCUUCAGUUAAGAAGGCACAUUAAGCUACUAAUUAGUCAAUUGCAUUUCUUCAUCCUCAGGGAUCCAGUGUGUACAGAAGUGAACAGUCAGCAAUACUGUGAACACCAAGCCAGAACAAAGCUGCAACUCUUUAUAUGCACAAGAUCUUAGUGUUUAAUAGAUCCACUUUAAUGAGUGCCGGUCAAUGAAAAGCUCUGUGGGAUCACCACUGACUGACCACACGCUGAGGCUUCUGAACACUUCU